AUGAUCCGGCGCGGCAUGCCGCCGCCGCUCGCGCUCCUGCUCCUGCUCGCGCUGCUCGGCGCGUUCGCCGCGGCGCAGCAGGAGGGCAACGUGCCGGAGCAGUACGCGGCGUCGCUGGCCACCCGCUUCGACGCGCCGGCGGGCUGGCCGUUCCCGAACCCGCGCCUGCGGGCGGCCUACGCGGCGCUGCAGGCCUGGAAGCAGACGGCCAUCUUCUCCGACCCGGCCAACUUCACCGCCAACUGGCAGGGCCCCGACGUCUGCCGCUACAACGGCGUCUACUGCGCGCCCGCCCCCUCCGCCGCCUACCACGGCGCACCACUCACCGUCGCCGGGAUCGACCUCAACCACGCCGACAUCGCCGGCUACAUCCCCGCCUCCCUCCCGCUGGGGCUCCCGGACCUGGCGCUGCUGCACCUCAACUCCAACCGCUUCUGCGGCGUCGUGCCCGACACCUUCCGCCGCUUGCGCCUGCUCCACGAGCUCGACCUCAGCAACAACCGCUUCGUCGGCGCCUUCCCGGAGGUGGUGCUCGCGCUGCCGUCCCUCAGGUACCUCGACCUCCGCUUCAAUGACUUCGAGGGCUCCAUCCCGCCGGCGCUCUUCGACCGCCCGCUCGACGCCAUCUUCCUCAACUCCAACCGCCUGCGCAACCCCAUCCCCGCCAACCUCGGCAACUCGCCGGCCUCCGUCGUCGUGCUCGCGCACAAUCGGCUCGGCGGGUGCAUCCCGCCCUCCAUCGGCAGGAUGGCGGACACGCUCAACGAGAUCGUGCUCAUCGACGACAUGCUCACCGGCUGCGUCCCGCCGCAGGUGGGGCUGCUGAAGAAGGUGACGGUGUUUGAUGUCAGCGGCAACCGGCUCCAGGGGGCCCUCCCCGCGGCCGUCGGCGGGAUGGCGGCCGUCGAGGAGCUCGACGUCGCCGGGAACCUCUUCGAGGGCGCCGUGCCGGCCGCCGUCUGCGGCCUCGCCGGGCUCAAGAACUUCACCUACACCGACAACUUCAUCACCUCGCGCCCCGGCUGCGCGCAGGCCACCGCCGACGGCGCGUGGAACUGCAUCCCCGGCGCGCCCGCGCAGCGGCCGGCGGCGCAGUGCGCCGCCGCGGCCUCCCACCCGUUCGACUGCAGCAAGGCGCAAUGCCAGUUCCCGGCGUACACUCCUGCCACUCCCACCACGCCCGGUGGUGGCAAGCCUUCCAGCCCGUCCUACCCGUCGCCGCCGUCAAGCACGACCACUCCGUCGUCCCACUCGCCUCCCAAGGGCUCCGGCACGCCGGCAUACCCCUCGCCGCAUCAGGGAUCCACCACCCCGUCCUACCCGUCGCCACCGUCGAGCUCCAGCACCCCGUCAUACCACUCGCCACCCCAGGGAUCCACCACGCCAUCGCCACCAGGCUCGACCACGCCGUCGUACCCGACGCCUCCGUCGAGCUCCAGCACCCCGUCGUACCACUCGCCGCCCCAGGGAUCCACCACCCCAUCACCACCGCAGGGCUCAACCACUCCAUCGUACCCGACGCCGCCGUCCAGCUCCAGCACCCCGUCAUCCCACUCGCCGCCGCAGAGCACGCCGGGGACCCCGUCGUACCCGUCUCCUUCGUCAGGCACCCCGAUGCCAGUAGGAGGCCACGCGCCGCCUCCCCCAACCUCGGCCGACAAGCCAGACGGGCGGUACGCGCCGCCUCCGGGCUCGUACGGCCCCACGACGCCCUCCGGCAGCCACCAGACGCCGUCGCCGCCCACGGAGUACCCCGGCUACGCGCUGCCUCCCCACUCGCCGGGGACACCAGCCACCACCACGCCUCCAUCAGAGACGCACCCAGGCACCCCGUCCUCGCCGUCGUCGGGAGCAACAACGCCGUCCACGCCCGAGCACUGCGCGCCGCCGUCCCAGGGCGGCAGCACCGGGCACCCGACGCCGGCCGGCGCGAACCUGCCGUUCCCGCCGGUGUACGGCGUGGCAUACGGGUCGCCGCCGCCGCCAAUGAAGCCGUACAACUAA